AAAGAAACCGUUACUAAUACUUCGUCCACCUUGACAAAGGUAGAUUCAGAAAGACUGGAGAAUGAUGAGAGGGUGAUGGUCUCUCUCGAAACCCCCCACCAGAAUCCUCUAAUGGCUUACCAUCGACCAAGAAUG